AUGCGCGUAAAGCAGAUCAUUCAUAGAGCGCAAAUCUUAAUUUUAACCUUACAAAAAUUAAAAAAGCAUAUUUCCGACAAGUUCACUCUUAGAGAUAGUGAUGUGUGGCUUAGGAGACUAAAUAAAAAUAUUGAAUCUUGCAACCAAAUCGUUUCUAACGAAAAGGAUUUAUCUAUUGGGUUAAAAAGAAAAUUACAAACUACAAUUCAACAUCUGAAAGCUAUUAGAAAAAUUAUUCUUAAUUAUCAACAUAAGCAUUUUGGAUUGGGAUUACAAAGUAGUAGCCGUGAGACAAACACAAAUGAAAUGGUUGUAUGGGAAUCGGUAGCGUCGUGUUUCCAGGGAAGAGUUCAGACCGGUGUCAUAAUUAAUUUACUUCAUAAAGAUUUAAUUCAAUUUUUAAACGAUUGUCGUCCAAUAUUUCAACAAAAAAUUAGUCAAAUUUUAAAGAAAUUUUUAUUGCUGAAAGUAAAUACCACAUUUUGCGGUGAAUUUAUUAAGGCAAAAAAUGAUGUCCAAGGCGAAGUUGAUGUUAAAUAUCUGACUACCGGAAAUGCUGUAGUUGAUUUAGGAACAGAAUUGAAUGAUUGGUUUGUUGAAAAUGUGCAAGAUAAAAUUUUAAAUCAAAUGUCAGAGUUUCAGGAACGUGAUUCCGGGUGGGCUUUAAAUAAUAUUAUUUAUUUAGAGAUUAACAUUAAUAAAUUUGAAAUGGGUAACGGGUCAUCCUUCGUUGAGUUGCCUAAAGAAAUUGCGAAUAAAAGGGCUUGUAUUAACAUUAGAAAUGACGAUCAAGCGUGUUUUUAUUGGUCAGUUGUAUGCGGACUCUUUCCAGCACGUUUUCGUCAGUAUUUACCCUCUUCAUAUCCAUACUACAAAAGUGUUUUGAAAACUGAAAAUUUACAAACACCUAUGGAAAUGAAUAAAAUAAGCAAAUUUGAAAAAGACAAUGAUAUUUCCAUCAAUGUUUAUAUCUUAGAGUUUAAUAAAAAUGAAAAAACUAGUUUUUAUUCCGUGUUACCUGCACGAUUAACAAAAGAAAAACGCGAAAAACAUUCAAAUUUGUUGUUAAUACAAAAUAAAUAUUAUCCAAAAGUUAAUGAUUUUGAUCCUGAUCCGCAAGAUAAUGAUUAUGAAGAAAUAAAAUAUCACUAUUGUUACAUUAAAAAUUUGUCUCGAUUAGUUUCCUCACAGCUCAGUAAAUAUAAUCACAAGAAAUACAUUUGCGAUAGGUGUUUGAAUUAUUUCAAUAACGAAACUCGUCUACAUGACCACGAAACAAUAUGUUCCAGUUUCAAUGAGUAUAAAGUGUCUUUUCCCAAAUAUGAUUACGUUGAAUUUCGAAACCAUAUAUAUAAACAAAGGACUCCGUUUGUAAUUUACGCCGAUUUUGAGAGUCAAUUGAGAAAAGUAAAUUUGAAAAUUUCAGAUAAAACCUCGAAAUACCAAAAGCACGAAGCUUACAGUGCUGCAUAUUACUUUAAAUGUUCUUAUGAUGAUUCAAUAUCAUUUUUCAAAAGUUAUCGUGGUCUAGAUUGUAUUGAUUGGUUCGUGGAGGAAAUAUCUAAUUUAUCAAAAUUUGUUCGUUCAAAAUUACGAUUCAUCCAGGGAUGAUUCCUAUAUCAUGUACUUUGACGUCAAUAACCUCUAUGGCAAGGCCAUGUGCGAGCCUCUUCCUUACGGAGGAUUCGACUGGAUGUCUCAUCAAGAGAUUGAUUCAUUUAAUGUCAUGAACAUUCCAGAUGAAUCUUCCCAAGGAUAUAUCCUAGAGGUAGACCUGGAAUACCCGCAGAAAUUACAUGACACACAUAGAGAUUUUCCAUUUUGUGCCGAACAUCGAGUGCCCCCCAAUUCAAAGUUACCAAAACUAAUGACUACUUUGUAUAAUAAAGAAAAAUACGUCAUACACUAUCGCAAUUUAAAACAGGCUCUCAAAAACGGUCUCGUACUAAAGAAAAUUCACAAAAUAUUAAAAUUUAACCAAUCUCGUUGGUUGAAAUGUUAUAUCGAUCAUAAUAAUAAAUUAAGAACCCAAGCAAAAACAAAAUUUGGUAUAAAUUUAUACAAAUUGUUUAAUAAUGCCGCUUACGGUAAAACAAUGGAAAACAUUCGCAAGCAUCGUAUUGUUAAAUUUGUUAAAGCGUGGGAUGGUCGCUACGGUGCGAAAAAUUUAAUUUCUAGUCCUAGAUUUCACAGUAGAACCAUACUUGAUAACAAUUUGUUGCUUAUAGAAUUAAAAAAAACGGAACUUUGCUUUAAUAAGCCACUUUAUAUUGGAAUGUCCAUAUUGGAUUUGUCGAAAACGACCAUGUACGAGUUUCAUUAUAAUUACAUGCUUCCAAAUUUGGGUCCCGAAAAAUGUAAAAUUCAAUACAUGGAUACGGACAGUUUCAUUUAUAAUAUCAAAUGUUAUGACGCAUAUGAAAGCGUUAUUAAGGCCGAUUUAACAAAAUUUGACACGUCUGAUUAUCCUAAUGACAAUCCCUAUAAUAUACCGCAAAUCAACAAAAAGGUUUUGGGGUUGAUGAAGGAUGAGACUAAUGGCACCAUCAUUAGUCAUUAUGCUGGGUUAAGGUCGAAAAUGUAUACUUUCAAAAUUUUAACGGGUUCGGUAGUUAAAAAGUCAAAGGGUAUUCAGUACAAUAUUGUAAAAAAUAAAAUUUCAUUUGAUGACUACGUAGAAUGCUUAACAAAUUUUAGGGAAAAGUACGCCACUCAACGAACCAUUCGUUCAUACACUCACAAUGUAUUUAGCAUCGAACAAACAAAAGUUGCCUUGAGUCCUUUAGACGAUAAACGUUAUCUUUUGCCGAAUUCAUAUGAAACGCUUCCGUGGGGACAUUAUAAAGUGCCCUAAUUAUUUUUUAAUAUAUUUUUGUUACAGAUUAUGGUCAAACAACUUACAUUAGAAAGCCUUUGUAUUAUAACAAUUUGCGAAAAUAUUAGGUGUAGUGCUGAUUUUUUGCUUGAGUCACCUUUGCCUUGGAAACUAACGAUACUAAUAUUUAAAUAUUAUUCGAAAUAUAGAUGGAGGUACCUUAAACAAUUAGCGCUCCAGUCUGAUGGCAAUUCUUUAUUAAAUUUAGAAUUCAUUCUGUUGAAUAAGAGAUUUGGAUCGUCUUACAGAAAUAGCAUUUUGGCAACUCCAACCAUUGAUUUUGACGGAGAAUCCGCUUACUGUUUAUGGGUCAGUUAUUACAGGAUAAAAUAUUCGGAAAUUUUAGUUUACUUUUAUUGGAUCACUAUCAUUUACAGCUGGAUAUAAAUAAUUUGAAUGAUGUAUAUCACGAUAAACAAUUUUGGUGUCAAAGCUGCUUUGAAGAAGUUUUGUUCACUGUAGAAACUGAAGAUGAAUGUAAUCUAAUGCUUCACAAUGAGAGGAAAUAUGGAAAAAAGUUACGCUUUUCUGAUAGUCCAUUGAACUAUUAAUACUGUGGUUUUAUUAUAAAAUAUGUAACUGUAGAUAAGGCUUUUAUGUAUUGAUUGUAUUCCAUUGUAUUGCAACAAGAAUAAACAUGUAUAUAUUUA